AACUAUGACGAUCGCAUGAGUGGGAAGACUGAACGGAGAACUCGAAUAAUCCUUUUAUUCGGGAUCAACCUGUUAGUGACCGAAUCGCAUUGAGCUGAAGCGAGUUUAUCUAUAUUUAACCAUUGAUCCUUGCAUGGAAUUUCUCUUACUCGCUUAGGCGUUCGCUUAACAGCAAAACAUUGAACCGCUUGUUUGAUCACUUGCACAGCAAUUGGAGGAAAGCUUUGAUACAAGAGAGACACCAAAAUGGGUCAGGCUUACACUUUUGAAGGGCCACCAAAAGACCACGUUGAGUUCACCAUUAAUGGAGUAUUAUACCAAGUGAAACAGAAUGACUUACGGCCGGAUACAACGCUCAACGUUUUCAUCAGAGACCACGCAAAAUUGCGAGGAACAAAGUCUAUGUGUCAUGAGGGUGGUUGUGGUACCUGUAUAGUUGCUGCAGAGAUCCACGGAGAAACUCUUGCAGUAAAUUCUUGUCUAGUACCAGUCCUCAUUUGCAAUGGAUGGGAGAUUAAAACCGUUGAGGGAAUAGGGAAUAAAAAAAUAGGCUAUCACAAAGUUCAAACAACCCUAGCUGGCAUGAAUGGAUCUCAAUGCGGCUACUGUUCUCCUGGAAUGGUCAUGAAUAUGUACAGUCUACUGGAAAGUAAUAAAGAUAAACUAUCAAUGAAGAAAAUAGAAAAUUCUUUUGGUGGAAAUAUUUGUCGUUGUACUGGAUACCGACCAAUUCUCGACGCAUUCAAAGGACUAGCCAGCGAUGCUGAUCCUCACUUAUCACAAAAAAUUGCUGAUAUUGAGGAAGUAUACAAGUGGAAAACUUGUCCCAAGACCGGAGUAGCAUGCAAAGGAAGCUGUGGAGAGACGACUGAGUUCGUCGCAAAUCCGGAAGAAGUUCACAUGGUAAUGAAUAAUGUGCAGUUCCACAAAGUUCUGUCAGUGGAAAAUCUCUUCAAUGUCUUUCAAAACAAUCCAGAUGCAACUUAUAUUCUGUACGGCGGCAAUACAGCACACGGCGUUUACCGUUCAGAACAGGUUCAGAUAUAUAUAGACGUAAAUGAUAUCACUGACCUACAUAGAGUCGAGAAAGAUGAUAAAAAUCUCACUUUUGGUGGUAAUGUUACGCUCAGCGUUGCCAAACAUACAUUGAAGAAAUACUCCAAGGAACCUGGAUUUCAGCAUCUGCAAUACAUGGCCAAUCAUAUCGACCUUAUUGCUAAUGUACCAGUCCGAAAUAUAGGAACUCUGGCUGGAAAUCUGAUGAUAAAGCACAAACACCGCGAAUUUCCCUCGGAUCUGUUCCUCAUGUUGGAAACUGCAGGAGCUGAGAUACAUAUCCUUGAUUCUCCAGCAAAUAAAACAACUGUCAACUUCAUGGACUUCCUACAAAUGGACAUGAAACACAAAAUUAUAUACAGCAUUGUGAUACCAGCUUUAAGUUCUGGCCACGUAUAUCGAUCUUACAAGAUAAUGCCAAGAGCUCAAAAUGCUCAUGCUCACGUAAAUGCAGGUUUUCUCUUUAAAUUAGAUUCCAAUGGAAUGGUUCUAGAGAAACCAAACAUCAUAUUUGGAGGCAUCAGAUCUGACUUUUUACACGCCUCUGCCACAGAGGAUUAUUUAAAUGGGAAAUCUCUUUUCGAUAAAAGUGUCUUUAAACAAGCUCUCAAUACACUUGAUUCUGAAUUAAAACCCGAUCGAACGUUACCAGAUUAUUCACCGGAAUUCAGAAAAACUCUUGCAGAAGGAUUACUUUAUAAGUUUGUUCUUGGACAAAUGGGAGACAGUGCAAAUGAAAAAUUACGUAGUGGUGGCCAUCUAUUAAAACGUGAUCUUUCAUCAGCAAAACACGAUUAUGAUACAGAUAAAAACCUUUGGCCAGUUAAUAAGCCUUUACCCAAAAUUGAGUCUAUUCAUCAGACAUCUGGAGAAGCUCAGUAUGCCAAUGAUGUACCACCUCAUCCCCAUGAAGUAUUUUGUGCUUUCGUGGUUUCAGAAGUUGCUAAUGGAAUGCUAGAAAAUGUUGAUGCUUCAGAAGCUUUGGCCAUGGAAGGGGUUGUGGCUUUCUUUUCUGCAAAAGAUGUUCCAGGAGAGAACCUUUCUAUCAAUGCUGCACAAAACCAGGUUCUUUUGUUCGAGAAUGAAUUGUUAUUCAUAGAGGACGUAAUUCAAUUCGCCGGACAACCUAUUGGGAUAAUUGCUGCGGAAACUCAAGCACUUGCGAAUGAGGCAGUAAAGAAAGUUAAAGUUACUUAUCGUGAUGCUUUAAAAACUCCACCAGUGAUAACUGUAAAAGAUGCUCUCACUCGUGGUGAUACAGCUAGAAAUUAUCAAAUCAUAGAUAUACCUGCUUCAAGAAGAGGUAAUGAUGUUGUGAAGGUAAUCAAGGGAGAAUUUGAAAUUGGACACCAGUAUCAUUUUACAAUGGAACCACAAUCAUGUGUUUGUAUUCCAACUGAAGACGGAUUAGAUGUUUAUCCAACCUCACAGUGGAUGGAUUUAACACAAGGAGUGAUUGCUGAUUGUCUCGGUAUUCCUCAAAACAAGAUCAACAUCAACGUGAGAAGAUUGGGAGGUGGUUACGGUGCUAAAAUAUCCAGGAACGCGAUGGUUUCUUGUGCAUGCGCACUUGUUUCAUAUUUGUUAAAUCGCCCGGCUCGUUUAGUUUUGAAUAUCGAGAGUAACAUGAUGAUUAUGGGCAAGAGACCUGCCGCUAGACAAGAAUAUGAAGUUGGAGUUGAUGCCAAAGGCAUUAUUCAAUAUCUAAAUUUUAAUAGUUGGCAUAACUCAGGCCAUACGUGGAAUGAGUUUGCUGGGCCUUUAACAUCCCAACAUGUUUAUACGUGUUAUGAUGGAAGUCCUUGGAAUGUCAAAAGCAUUGAUGUACAAACAGAUAUUCCAUCAAAUACAUACUGUAGAGGACCAGGAUCGGUAGAAGGUGUAUCAAUGGUAGAAACCAUAAUGGAGAAUAUAGCCAAAGAACUGGGCUUAGAUCCCACUGAAGUGCGCUUGGGUAAUAUGGAGCCAACAAGCAAAGAAAGUUUAAGCAAAAUGAUUGAAGACCUAAAAGUAUCAUCCGAUUAUGAAACCAGAAUACGAAGUAUUCGACUCUUCAAUAAUGAGAACAGAUGGAGAAAACGGGGGAUGUCCUUAAUCCCGUUGACAUAUCCUCUCCACGUAUUCGGUCAGUACAACGUCCUGCUAUCAGUAUACGCUCGAGAUGGUACGGUAUCUAUUGUUCAUGGUGGCAUUGAAAUGGGACAAGGACUUCACACUAAAGUUGCUCAAGUUGCUGCCUAUACCUUAGGAAUAGACCUAGAUAUGAUCAAUGUAAAACCCUCCAAUAAUAUGAUAGCUCCAAAUAAUGUUGUAACUGGUGGCAGUAUUGGCAGUGAAUCUUGUGCAGCGGCAACUAUAAAAGCUUGUGAGGAGCUUUUACAACGAUUAGCACCGGUAAAGGCUGAACUAAGCGACCCAGACUGGCAGGAAUUGGUUUUAGCAGCCUAUGAAAAAAAUAUUAGCCUUACCGUACAUCACAUGUUGGGCCACAAGCAAGAAAAAAAAUACGAUAUCUAUGGUGUUACUGUGGCUGAAGUGGAGAUAGAUGUACUGACAGGACAACAUUUGAUCCGACGAGUUGAUUUAUUAGAAGACGUAGGCACUAGCAUGAAUCCGGAGAUUGAUUUGGGACAAGCUGAAGGCGCAUACGUUAUGGGGAUUGGUUAUUGGACUUCUGAGGAUAUCAUAUAUGAUCCAAAAACAGGCCUCUUGGUUAAUUAUCGUACAUGGAAUUACAAACCACCUGGCGCUAAAGACAUUCCUAUUGAUUUUCGAGUAUACUUUCGCCGUAAUGCUCCAAAUCCAAACGGGGUUCUUCGAUCUAAAGCUGUUGGAGAACCACCAAUAUGCAUGAGCUAUGGAAUAGUACUGGCUAUACGUAAUGCGCUAGAAUCAGCAAGAAAGGAUGCCGGUAAUACCGACCCGUGGUUUCAAUUAGAUGGUCCAGUCACUACCGAAAGAAUACUUCUCAACAGCCUUACAUCGAAGGAAUUAAUGACAUUUUAGAUCGACCAAGUCUACGUCUGUUCACUCUUAAAAAUAAUUAUACUGCUAUUGUUACUAAAAUAUUCAUUGAAUUUCUAUUCGUGAUGACAAUUUUGAUGAAGUGAAUUAAUUGAAUAUUGUAUCGAAUGAAACAAUGCUAUGAUUAUUAUGAUGUUAAAUUAUUAAAUACUUUGUAUAAUAGCUUUCUUAGAAUUGGGUUUGAAUUGAAAUUUUUUAAAUUAAUUAAAUAAAAGUAAAACUUAAAAGGUAAAAGGGCAGUAAAUGAAUUAUUGUUUAGUAAAGUUAUAGAUAAAAGUCUAGAUUUGUUAAAUGAUCUAAGUAGAUGAAACCAAAUAUUUUAUAAGUUGAUGUGAAUUUACUCUUCCUAGGUUUUAAAUUAAAUAUGUUAUUAAUUCAAUAUAUAACGAGAAAAAAUACAUAAAAUUUUUAAGCACCUGUAUGGAUUAAAACAUAAAAUUCAACCUCUCUUAAAUUAUUGAAACAAGAUUUUUUGAUGCAA